CAUUUGUUUCAACGACUUUGCUGUUUCGGCGUUGGUUAGGUUGAAAUUACGGCAGAAUCUGAGAUGCAGAAUGCAACAAAAGCGUGUUUCAGUUGGUGUCGUGAAUGAUAGAUGCUUGGUAUUAAAGAAAUUUACUCUCACCUUGAUCGAGGUGUAAAGAAAUUCGUCCGAGAAAAACCGAGUGCGCGUAAUAGUGACAUUUACAGUACACAAUGUGCUUUUUCGUGUUAAAUUGCGUAUGAGAUACGUCUUCCUAUCUAACGAAUCGUCAAAAUUAUGUGUAUAACGGAAUAUUAUUGUUAUUAAUUUAUUCGAUCACUCAACAUGUGGUGUCUCAAAGAACACGAAGGUCGUUGUAUUUAUAUUCUGCUAGGACGUCAAAUAUCUUUUGGCAAAUCUCUAAGUGACAUCAAAAUAGAAGGUGAUACUACAAUAAGCAGACUCCACGCGAUUGUUUCUGUGGAAUCUUGUGGAGAAUCUGAACUGCAACAUAAAUGUGUUAUCUAUGAUAAAUCCAAGUAUGGAACAUAUAUUUUGCGAGACGGAAAGGAGAAAAAAUUGAUUAUGGAUGAAAAGUUUGUUUUGAGAGCUGACGAUAAAGUGAAGUUUGGACUAAGACACAAUAUCUUCACUGUGACAUAUCACCCGUUUGUGGUUGCAACGUCGAGUUUGAGCAAAGAGGAAACUGACAAACUAAAGAAUAUUAUGAAGGCUCUUGGUGGUAUCCUGUCUGACAACUGGAAUAAUUCCUGCACAUGUCUGACUGUGCCUGAGAGGUUCUUGUUUACUAUAAAAUUGGCUUGCGCGCUAGCCUCUGCAAAGACAAUUGUCACCAUCGCAUAUUGGGAGGCUGUAAUGGAAGCCACUGAGGAAAUGAAGGAAUUACCGAAAAUCGACGAUUUCUUACCUACUGUGAAGGAAGAUUGGCUGCACGCUGGUGCGGAAUUAUUCUUGCCUAAGGAGGAGCGCAGGAUGCUGUUUCGCGGCCUAUCCUUCGUGCAUUUCUGCGCGAAACAAUACGCUGCAUACUUUCCGAUAAUUACUGCGGCAGGCGGAAAAUCGUGUGUAUACCCAACGAGAAAACCCUUAACUCCUCGGGAUCUGACUGCUAAGAAUGCUAUUGUCAUACAACAGCCUGCCAAUGAUUCCUCGCAAUUCACAAUUCAGGUCAUCACGGAUUACCCGACCAUCUAUAACAAGCUGAGCAAGCUCAAACGCAGAAUGAUCUGUGAUUCGGAAAUCCCGCUUGCCAUUUUGUACUGUUCCACUGAAAAGUAUUGCAAUCCCGAGUUCAACUUUGGUACACUUCUUAAAUCAAGCACUCAGACAUCCUUGCCCUCUGGUCUCGUGAUCGUCGGAGACACGCAGGACACUCUGUCGACAAGCACUAAGAGAAAAAUCGGAAGUAAAGAGCAGCAACGAAUUAUUCCCGAAACUAUCGACUCGCAGUAUGACAACGAUAUUGCGAAAAAAGCACGUCUCUCUCUUGAAAGUAGAGAAAAAGUUAUUUCUGGGAACAACGAGAAUGGGAGCGAUGUUGUCUGUAUUUUCUCCAGCAAAAACAACAAACAACCUCGAAUUAUCCCGGAAACCUGCGAUUUCGACAAAAGUAUCGCGAACGAUAGUUUCCCACAGAGCAACGCCAUAAACCCCCGAGUUAUUCCCGAAUCUUGCGACAGAAGUAGCAUCGGCAGUUGGAGCGCAGAAAACGAGCAACGCGUGGAAAAUGUUUUGCGAGAAGAUGUCGAGUCUCGACAACGGAAGGAAAUUGUAUUGGAGAAACGUCAGUUGCUAUUUCAGAAAGAUUUGUUGCCUGAAAGCAAUGAUACGACAUUUAUGGAAAAUAACUUGUCGCGUAAAAGAAAGAGCUUGCUUUUUGAAAAGAGUUGUUCUGCCGACAAAGAUGAUUCAGCUGGUCAAAAGGAUGAGAACGAAAGCCGGAAGAACUCGAGAGGACUGCGUAUCGUAUCAAUAGAGAAAAUCGCUAGUGGUGAAAGAAAUCUAAUGGAAGAAGACGUGUUGAAAAAAGACCACUCCAGAAUUGAAGAGUCUCUAGACUUUACGUUAAGACAGCAAGAUAAACAUGAUGAAAAAAUAGAAAUAAUCGACGUAGAUAAGGGAAAUGAGAGAGAGGAAGAGAAAUCGCGAGAAAUGGGAGCGGAAAAAGUGAAAAUAGAAGAAAAAGACGAAACGAGUAGGAAGAGACCGCGAAAAAUGGGAACAAAUUGGUAUGACAGAUACUUAGGUUGCGAAUACACAAACAAAGUUCUGCGCAAGGAUGCACCGUGCGGUAAAAGAUUUGUGAAGGUACCAGUUCCAAUCCCCGUAAGGAAACUGAAGUCGGACGACUUUGUCCUGUGAUUGUCCUGUGCCAGAAAAGUAACUUAUAGACGUUAUUCCAAUUAUACAUAAAUAAAUAAUCGUUUCCUUUAGUGUCUUAUAUAUUUUUCUACAUUAGAUAACAGACAGCGGUGAUAUUUCCGGAAAAAAGGAUUUGUAUCUUUACGUUGAUUAUUAUUGAAAAAAAGAGAAGAAUACAUUUCCUCUAUCUAAAUAAAAAGAGAUGAUAAGAAAGUUAUACUUCCAAUAAAAUUAGAAGAAAUAAUUAAAAAAUAAAUGUUCAUAAUUUAUAUAGUUGUAUAGUUGA